AAAUUGUCAAAAGUCAGGUCAAACAAAGCUAAUAAGUUCAAAGAUUUCAAUAAUUGAAGGUUUAUUAUUAUUUCCACAAAAAACAAAAAAAGGUUGUUAAUUAUUAUAAUCUACAUUCUAAUCACAACAUAAUUGUGUAUACGCUAUAAAUAUGGCAGCUUCAGGCAGUUACAGUAUACAUUAUAAUUGAUCAAUCCUAUGAUUUUUCUUCAACAACUGGUGUACAAUUCUCUACUGUUCACUGUUCAGUUCAGAGUUUUUAUUAGCCACCGAAAUUAUUAGCCACAAGAUUUGACUUUCUGUACACAGAAAGCCCAAAAAGCAAUUGUUUUGUCUCUUUUUGUUUUACUUUUGUUUCUCUCUCUCUUUCUGUCCUUACAUUUUCUGUAAUCUUUGAGAUAUUUGUGUAUUAUUGGUUGCCCCCUUUUUUCUUGAAUUUUUGCUUUGAGUUCUUAAUAUGGGGUCCAUUUAUAAAAGGGUUGUGGUUACUUUUAUUGGAUUUUGUGUUUCUUGAUUGAGUCUUGAUAUAGUGUCCCUAACUUAAUAGGUUGUUCAUUUUUUCACAUUUCUUGGGUUUGCUGUCGUUGGUUUUUUGGUGGCUCUAGAGAAAGUUUAAAAACAGUUGUCCAAUAUUUAAUUCUUGAUUUGGUCUGCUAGUUGUGCUACAAUUAUUGUUAAAAAUUCAGUCUUUUUUUGACUUGAGCAGUGAAUCUUGAAGUUGGAAGCUGUGACAAAGUUCAGGUCUUGCUCUCUAGUAGGUAAGUGCUUAACCAACUCUGCCAAUUCCCAAAAAAUUGCUAAGAUUUGAGUUACUGUUGUUUGGGUUUGUUGAAGUACUCUUUAUCAUUUGGUGUUUUAGGAAACGGUCAGUUUGUGUACCUUUCAGUAGCCAACUUUGGUUUUGUGAGUUCAACUAAGUGAUAUUUUUUUUUUUUUAACAAUGGAUUGUAAUCAAGUAGUCACUAUGGAAGAAACCCUUGUUGUUCACAAACCAAAAUCUGAUUCUAUGGGGAAGGGUGGUGUGAUUAAAAAUGUAGAGGGAUUUAUUGGGGUUCUGGAUGUUCAUGUGCACAAAGCAAGGGACAUACAUAAUAUAUGCAUAUAUCAUAAACAAGAUGUGUAUGCCAAGGUUUCCUUAACUAGUGAUCCAGAAAAGGCGGUUUCGACUGAUACUAUUAACGGUGGGGGUCAGAAUCCAGUUUUCGAUCAGAGUGUUCGACUCAAUGUCACGACUGUUGAAACAUCAGUGAGGUGUGAGAUAUGGAUGAUGAGUAGGGUCAAGAAUUAUUUGCAAGACCAGCUGUUGGGAUUUACUCUAGUCCCUCUUUGUGAUGUUCUUGCUGAGAAUGGAAAGCUAGAACAAGAAUUCACUUUGUCCUCGAGUGAUCUCUUCCAUUCUCCAUCGGGUUUUGUGCAAUUGACACUGACAUAUACUGGUUCAACCCCUGAAGUCUUGGAGAUUUCCACACCAGGCCAUUCUUUAUCUGCAGCAAAUGGUUGUAGUGAAGGUAGUGGAGUAGCUGAGAGUAUUCCCUGUGAACUAGUUAAGAUUGAAUUCCCGGAUCCUCAAAUUGUGAACGAAAAUGAACGAAUGGUUACUGAGUAUUAUGCAAUUCCCUGCACUGAGUUGGAUGGUCAAGGCUCUGACCAUGUGGACUCCAAGGAAAAUGGCGAACACAUCUCUUCUGAAAAUGUUGAGAUCACACCAGAAAAUGUGGCUGACAUCAAGAAGUUAGAGACUCUUACCCUGAGUGCUUCAUCCGAAAGUUCUCCAUCAAACUCAAUCCCCAAACAGACAUCAAGCGCUCCAAGCGAGGAAUCUGCACUCCCUCUGAAGGAUAGUAAAGACAGUGCCAAAGCGGUUGAUAGUACCUCGCCUGCUGUGGCUGCUAGCACGUUCACAUUGCCAGUUGUCAACUUGAACAUUGCACCAGAGAAAAAACUUGUGCAGCAAGACAUUGUUGAUAUAUAUAAUAAAAGUAUGCAGCAAUUCGCUGAAGCUCUAGAAAAGAUGAAACUUCCUCUGGACAUUGAAAAUGGAUCGCCCAUCCAAAGUGGAAAUGAAAAAACAGAGAGCAGCAGUUCAAGUGAGAGACCACAGCCGCGCCCAAACGGCCAAAGCCCAAGAGUGUAUUAUGGUAGCAGUGCCUUCUUCUGAACUGUAGUUCCAAUUGAAAAGGUUCACAAAAGAAAUAGUUUGUAUUUUUUAUCUACCUGAAUUUACUUUCUUGUAGUUGAGCAUAGACUGGAAUGUUUCCAGUUUAAUUAGGAUAAUCAGGAAGAUGUUUUUGUUGAACUUUUCCUGUUGCUGUAUUAGACAUGGUGUUACCUAAUGUGAUUUAACUUUUCUUGGUUCCUGUCCA